AGAGGUCGCGCAGGGCGGGGAAAGAGGAGGCUUGCCUGACAGGGGCGAAACCCGGCGGCAGCGGAGAAGGGAGGAGGAGGACGGAGGCAGCGCCGUUCCCGUACCUGGGACCUUUUCUGACCUGGUAAUUGUGACCAUGGCUACGAGGAUAAUAUGCCGAAGAUUUGCAGGGCAGCCUUGCAGGGCAGCUGCAUUUUCUACUACAAGCAAGAUUGGGGGCAAGACAGUAUUCUUCCGAAAGGCAGAAGAAGGCGGCCAGCCCACCAAAGAGGCAGGAGAGGGCUCUAAACCCGCCACCAUGCUCAGACUGUGGAAGCCUGCAGAAUACCAUGUAUCUUUUAAUCCAUCUGCCUACCCAGAAACCAAAGCCAUAUCUCGUGAGGAAACCUCGAGAAGUUUGGAGGAGGGGCCGCUAGAAAGUGACUGUCCCAGGAUUAGUGCCAAACCAUUACAGAAUGUCUGCAACAUUACCUGCUCACGGAAGCUUUCGAGCACGCAGAACACACUGCUGGAUUUGGAAGGCAAUCACACUCAGCCCAUCCGACCUUCUUUGGAGCAGCCAACUAAACUGGACCCCACGAAAGACAAUGAGCAAGCAGCUGACGUGGAGGCUUAUGACCCUAAGGAAGAUAUCAGGCUGUUCCAGAAGCAAAGGCCCGAAUACAGAUCUCUGUGCUACAACCGAGAUGAGUUCCCUCAGCCCAUUUCCAUGGAAGAACGUGAAUGGAUCUUGCAGAACAUCUCCAUGUUGAAAAGUAGCCUGAAACCAAGAGCAAUUGCAGAGUAUUUCUUCAAGCUGAGCUGCUUGCCAGCGGAACAACAAGUAAGCAUGAAGUCCAAUAUAAGGUUUGCUGUGCUGUGCCGCUAUGGAAUUGAGAAGGUCCACCUCUUCGAUAUAUCCGAGCUUAUGAUGGUUUUAGAAGCAUUUGUCUGCCUGGCCAUCCCACCCUCCCACUCUAUGUUGAAUGUGUACGAAGCGGAGUGCUGCAGCCGGGUCUGGGUCAUGACGCUAGACCAGCAGCUGAUGGUGGCUGACUUGUGGCGGUGCUUAGGCCGCAGCGUCCCCCAGUACUUGGAAAGCAUGCUGAGCUAUGUCAACGUGCAUUGGAAAGAACUCUCUUUGCCCCAGCUGGUCCAGCUGGUCUACAUCAUAGGCGAAGGCCGUAAAGCCCCUGGAGAGUUAAUGAAGAAAUUAGACUUCUUGGUGUUAAAACAGCUGGACUGUCUCAAUCUAGAGGAAGUGGGUGCCAUUUGCUUAGGGUUCUUCAAGUCACACAAUGGUCUUUCAGAACAUACCAUGCGGAAAAUUGGAGAUAAAGUCUCUGCCCGUAUAUCAGACAUGAGCUCUUUUGCCUUGGUGAAUGUCCUCAAGAUGUUCCGUUACACUCAUGUUAUUCAUCUUGACUUUAUGAAUCAGCUUGGGAAAGUUGUUCCUCCCAUGAUACCAACUAUAGGCGUUCAAGGUGUCAUGCACAUCACCCUUGCCUGUUCAGCUUUGCAUUAUCUUGAUGAGAGGAUUAUGAAUGCUGUUGCUGCCUCUUUGCCUUCCAGAGUUUCUUAUUGCCGGAGCAAAGAUAUUGCCAAAUUCUUGUGGUCAUUUGGAUGCUUGAACUAUGAGCCCCCCAAUGCAGAGGAGCUUUAUGCCAGCCUCGAGGAAGAGAUGCGCGCAAAGAUGCAUGAAAUCCAGAAAUUCCCGGAGCAUUUCCUCACCUUUUUGUUAGCUCUGGCAUUUACAGAGCGGUUCCCAAACGACUUGCUAGACUAUGCUUUGGGUCCUGAGUUUGCAGAAUUAAUCAGCAAGAGUGAAUUUGACCUUAGCAAGGACUUGUUCACUCUGGAUGGCACGGUGGAGAUUGAAUGCCCCAGUUACACAGGCCAUCGCCUUGAGCCACAGUUUGGGCAAGAGGUAGCAGAUAUGCUGUGGAACGUUGCCAAGAAGGAUAUUUUAACGAAGCCGGAAUUGACAGAAGCUCUGUCUCUAUUGGAGGAGAUGUUGGGUGGGCCCCAGUAUGUCAAAAAUCACAUGCUCUUGCCUCAUACCAGAUCGGUUGAUUUGGAGAUUCGUUUUGACUCUGACCGAAAGCCGUUGCCGUUUAACUCUCAGGCAGUUGUAAAAUUGGAACUGAAUGAAAGUGGAGUUUCCCUUACAGAUGACUUGAUGAGUCAACUCUUAAACAGUAGGCCUAGUAGCCAAUCCCCCAUGAAUAACACUGAAAGCAAGAUAGAAACGUCUACCCCAAACAGAGCAGCAGCAGCAGCAGCAUUGCCACAGGAUCCGCCUCCGCCCACUUGGGAUCAUUUUACGUUUUUGAGCGGAGUUCCACUAACGGGCGCCAUCUUGAAUGCUUUAACCAAACCCAAGGCCUCUUCGGGCACAGGUCCAGCUCCUCGGUUGAAUGAGCUGCAAGGUCAGGAUGUGAAACUAGCCGUCCAGGUGUCCAGCAGGAACCACUACUGCUAUGGCUCCAAACGCCUUCUGGGGUUCCACAGUAUGAAAAGGAGGCAACUCCGUCAAAUGGGAUACAUAGCGGUAGAACUGCCCUUCUGGGAGUGGCUGCCUUUGCUCAGACGUAGCCGGUCGGAAAAGCUGAGCUAUUUGCACCACAAAGUGUUUGACGCUUUAGAUGACAUAGUAGGUAGUCAGUGACCCAUCUGCAGGUUUUCAGAAGCAAAAUUCUGAAAAGUUUCCUCACAAACUGAUGCUCUUGGUCUUGGGCAAUGUAGCUAGGUAGUUCACAGUAGCACUGCUGUAUAAUGUACCUUUUCAAAGCUGCUCAGUUGCCAGCAUCCCUUUGCAGGAUCUGUGCUCCAGUAUUCUUAGGAAUGGCAACAUACCCCUGAAAUGGUCCCUAGCUUGCGAAUGUCUCUCGCAGUGAUUAUCCUGUAAAUAAAAUGUUUAUUCUAAUAUAAUGUUAUAUGCGCUCUUUUUCCUCCCUGGAGUGACAGCUAGCUCAUUUGAAAGUGAACAGGGAGCGGGGAAAGCUCUUCAAGCGUUAAUGGUACCAAUGCAGUCCAGUGGUAAUGUCUAGAUGUAAUCUCCAGUUCACUUAUCACUCUAAAUGAGUCUUAUUCUCCAUCUGCAAAAUGAGAAUUAGCUUUGCCUAUAUAACCGGGUGGGCUAGGAGAAAUGUGAGCGACAGUGAUGCUGUAAAGUGCUUGGCAUUUUAAACUGUGUAUUUAGUUUUUUACAAUCCCUUCUAGAAGAGGCUCUCCUUUGUUGGAAAUUUUUGAACCGAGCUUGGGUGGCCAUCUGCCAGAGAUUCUUUAGCUGUGACUAGAUGGCAUUUGGGGUCCCUUCCUGCUCUACAAUUCUAUGGUUCUAGGAAAGGCAUUGUGGGUAAUAUGGAGUGUUCACAUAAUAGGUUUCCACCAUCCUUUAUUACAUUUUAAUCACCUUCUUGUUUAGAAUUCCUGGGUGGAGGCCAUGGGUAGAUUUUUCUGCUGUUCCAAUGAGUGACUGGAACACACUUUGAAUGGAUUAAUCCACAUUUAUUGAUCUUGAGUGCACAAAACAGUGAUUAAUAAGGAAUUAUCCUUAAUCAAUUAGAAUCAUAGAGUUGGAAGAGACCACAAGGGCCAUCCAGUCCAACCCUCUGCCAAGCAGGAAACACCAUCAAAGCAUUCUUGACAUAUGCCUGUCAAGCCUCUGCUUAAAGACCUCCAAAGAAGGAGACUCCACCACACUUCUUGGCAGCAAACUCCACUGUCAAACAGCUCUUACUGUCAGGAAGUUCUUCCUAAUGUUUAGGUGGAAUCUUCUUUGUUGUAGUUUGAAUCCAUUGCUCCAUGUCUGCUUCUUUGGAGCAGCAGAAAACAAUCUUUCAUCCUCCUCUAUAUGACAUCCUUUUAUAUAUUUGAACAUGGCUAUCAUAACACCCCUUAACCUUCUCUUCUCCAGGCUAAACAUACCCAGCUCCCUAAGCCGUUCCUCAUAAGGCAUUGUUUCCAGGCCUUUGACCAUUUUGGUUGCCCUCUUCUGGACACGUUCCAGCUUGUCAGUAUCCUUAAUUAAUAAGGAAUUGCUCACUUAAGAUUCCCAAUUGCAGAAAUAUAGGCAAAUAAUGCAUCCUGCUAGACCAGUGGUUCUCAAACUUUUCUCUGGGCCACACCUUCAGAAUAAUAACUUUCCUUGCGCCACACCAAUUGAUGAUAAAUACAUUGGAAAACAAAAAAGAAACAACUACUACCAGUGCCUGAUUCAUAACAUAGAAUACAACUAUUUUAUAAUAUGAUCAUGGGGCACCCAGAAAGUAUAAAACAAUCCAGCUAAGUAAGAAUGUGAAUCAUUUCCAAACUAUAAUUAUAAACGAGGCAGAGGGCCUUCUCGGUGGUGGCACCUGCCCUGUGGAACGCCCUCCCAACAGAUGUCAAAGAGAAAAACAACUACCAGACUUUGAGAAGACAUCUGAAGGCAGCCCUGUUCAGGGAGGCUUUUAAUGUUUAAUAGAUCAGCGUUUCUCAACCGCUGUUCCGCGGCACACUAGUGUGCCGCGAGACGCUGGCUGGUGUGCCGCGAAGUGCGGCGACGAGAAGGGCGAUUUGCAGCUCGGCCAGGCGGCAAGCCACGUCCCGGUACACAUGGCUGUUGUGAAAGUUGCCGUCCAGGGCGCUCUGCACAUCCGCCUCCCCCCAGAUCUCCAGCAGAACCCGAGUCUCCAGGUCCGACCACAGGAAGCUGCGCGUGUUUGUGAUCAUCCUGGCGGAGGCGGCCCACCCUCCCGGGCGGCCACGAUAGCCGCGCUCGGACGGGAAGGGGCGAUCAAUGGCAGGCAGGCGGGGGCCAGCUGCCCGCCUUGCCGCAGCCCCUCCUCCCGCAGCUCCCCCUCUCAGCGUCCCCGGCAAGGCGGCAGUUGCGGCGGCCGAGAUCCCAUCCCUUCUCUCGCCGGCGGCGCCUCACGCGCCCCGCUCUCCGCUUCUAGUCCACCAACUGAAACUUUCCACACGCAACGAACGGGGCCGGCCUGACGGGCCUGGCUUUCCUCAGCCUCGUCUGGUGGUGGUGGCGGCGGCGGAGGGGGCUGCGCUUCGAGGCCCAUCGCCUUGCGGAUGCCGGAGGCCGCGGGGCACGGAGAAGAAGCGGCGGCUGCUGAGAAGAAGGUGGGCGCCGAGGCUGAGCAGCACCGGCGCGGCCUCUUUCCCCUCUCCGCUCGCUCCCCGGCGGGCCCAAGCCGGCCCAGCGUCAGCAGCGCGCAUUGCGCUCCAGCUGCCCCUCCCCUUCGUGUGCGCGCACACUCACAUCCAUCCACACACACACACACGCCAGUCGCCCAGGUUCACACACAAAGCAGCGAGGGUGUCUGUCGCACAACUUCAGUGGUGGUGGGAAGAGGGGGGCAGGAAGGCGAGAACAAUAGGCAACGGUCUCCUCCCGAGGAAAAGGCGUCGCGUACCUAUAGGGCGGCACAGAGUUUGUGUGCCUCGUGAUUUUUUUCAUGGAACAAGUGUGCCGUGGCCCAAAAAAGGUUGAGAAACACUGUAAUAGAUUACUGUGUUUUAUUUUUCUGUUGGAAGCCGCCCAGAGUGGCUGGGGAAACCCAGCCAGAUGGGCGGGGUAUAAAUAAUAAAUUGUUGUUGUUGUUGUUGUUGUUGUUAUUAUUAUUAUUAUUAUUAUUAUCAUCAUCAUUAUUAUCUUACAUAUGUACCUUAAGCAGGUAUACAAACUCAAUGAGGGGUGUGAGAUUGCUUUUGCCAGGUAAUCUCAUUCACCUUCGGUCUAAUUUGAGACAAACUCUCAUCUCAUCAACACAAAGAAGCCUUUCUCUUUUCCGAUCUUUAUUUGUCAUAUCCCUGUUCACAACAAUAUGUCACGGAGAACUGCAGAAGAAUAGCCCACGCUCUUGAAGAGAGGUGUGGGUAUGUUUUCUGGCUGUAUAUCCAAAAAGAGCCCAGUAGCAUACUCGUGUGUUUCAUUUUCAAGGUACAAACACUUAAAAUGCAUGCCAUUUCCUCCUCAUUCAAUGUCAGUCCUGAACAGCUGCAAUUUGCAAAGGUGUCUCUAACCCAGUCUAAAUUUUCUGCAGGUGAUG